AUGGCUACCAACCUGCCGCCAGACAGCCUCCUGUCAGAGCAGACAUCAUCACCUACAUCCCAGGACAGGAAUUCAGAAAAAGAAGACUACAACCCUGAGGUUUGGCACUUGAAGUUCAGAGCUUUCAGCCCCUCAGAGCAGUCAGACCCCAUCCAGGAUCUGAAGAGGAUCUCUGAACUAUGCUAUCAGUGGCUGAGACCAGACCUGAAUAGCAAGGAGGAGAUCCUGGAUCAGCUGGUGUUGGAGCAGUUCCUGAUCUCCAUGCCUCCAGAACUGCAGGCCUUAGUGAAGGAGAGUGGAGUGAAGAGCUGCAAAGAGUUAGAGAAGAUGCUGAGGGAUGGCGGGAAACCACAACAUUGGUCCAUAAUCCACUCCCAAGGACAAUUGUACCUCCUUCAGGAUCCCAUUGCUAAGGAGGCAGAAGCCAAGGAGGAUCAAAAGGAUGCUGUGGAAUUGUCCCAGGAGCCUCUGAACAGAGACAAGCCCAACCCAGUGUGGGGGAUCCCAUCAGAGACUGAAGAGCCAUGCACCAGGCAGAAAGAGGAAGUUUUGCUGGAUACAGUUCCUGAGAGCAGAGAACAGGACGACCCAAGACCUGAGCAGAGCCUGGGGAGUGACUCGGUGCAGGACAGGGAGGAGGCCUCUGUGUUGACACCUCAGGACCCUCAGCCCACACACGGUUUUGAUUCUGUCAGAGGAGAGGAUGUGAAGAUGCCCCAGGAAGACACAAAAGAUGCUUUCACACUGUUCACCCAUGUUCUGGAAAGAAGAGAUUUAGCUGCACACACAGAUCUUCAGAGUCUCUCUAGUUCCAAGGGAGACAAGGUUCCCACUUGUCAAGGAGGGGCCUCCUGUGUGGACAGGACAGAAAAUGGGCAGCUAGGGCUUCCUACCCUGCGACCUGUGGAGCCUGUUGAUCGACUCCCUGGCCAGGCUCAGUUUGUGUGCAGUGACUGCAAGAAGAACUUCCUGUACAGGUCUCAGUUCAUCCUCCACCAGAGGUCACACACAGGAGAGAGACCCUUUGAGUGCAGCGUGUGCAACAAGGGCUUUGUGCAAUCCUCAGACCUUCGGGUCCACAAGCGCAUCCACAAGGGUGAAAAGCCUUAUGUGUGCAGCAUCUGCAGCAAGAGGUUUGCCCACAAGUCCACCCUUCUGGGUCACCUUAGGAUCCACACAAAGGAGAAGCCUUAUGAGUGUGAGCACUGUGGGAAAUGCUUCAACCACAGGGGCAACCUCAAUGUCCAUCUCAGCAUCCACAGCGACUCAAGACCUCACAGAUGUAAGGAGUGUGACAAGGCCUUCAGACAGCAGGGGACUCUGAAAAGACACAUGAAAAUCCAUUCAAGAAUGGCAUCCGAGGUAGGCCCGGCGGCGGAGGCUGGCAGAGGAAGACAGGUGCCUCAGUGGCGGCAGUGGCAUCAACCAGCAGAAGCAGGCAGACCCGGCGGGUGGUGGCCAAAACAAUAA